CGAAUUAUUUUAUGUACUAGUUACUUAAAUCUUCCACACCGGAAAUACAAAAUGUCAACAGAAAGCGGUCUCAAACGUGAAAUCGACGAAGUAGAGGAGGACGAUUGCAUCGGACCAUUACCCCAGGAAGCAGUGAAAACUAAGAAGAGGAAAGUGUUAGAAUAUGAACAAGUUUACCUGGAUAAUCUUCCCAAUGCAGAAGGCUAUGAGAAAAGUUACAUGCAUAGGGAUAUUGUAACACAUGUUGCUGUCUCAAAAUUUGACUUCAUUGUGACUGCAAGCUGUGAUGGGCAUGUCAAAUUCUGGAAGAAAAACGAGGAGGAAGGGAUUGAAUUUGUCAAGCAUUUUAGAAGCCACCUAGGAAAUAUCGAGGACCUCGGGAUGAGUGACAAUGGAGAGUUAUGCUGUUCUAUAUCAGACGACAAAUCAGCCAAGAUUUUCGAUGUCGUUAAUUUUGAUAUGAUCACCAUGAUCAAGUUGACCUUUGCCCCCUUGGCUUGUGGCUGGCUCUACAGAUCAGGGGAUAUUAUUCCUGCAUUAGCAAUCUCCGAAAAAGAGAAUCCCACAAUACAUAUAUUUGAUGGAAGGGGGAGUCAUGAGAGCAUUCACAAGAUGGAGAAACUUCACUCCAAGCCUGUCACCCUGAUUAAGUACAAUGCUGUGUUUGAGACAGUGGUGUCUGUUGAUACGGGUGGUAUGGUGGAGUGCUGGUCGGGACCUAAGAUGGAUUAUGCAUUUCCCAAGAAAUUGAUGUGGAAGUAUAAAACAGACACAGACCUCUAUGAAUUUGUGAAGUGUAAAACGCUACCAACAGGACUUGCCUUCUCAAAUGAUGGUAAACAAAUGGCCACCAUAGCUAAAGACAGAAAGAUUCGAGUGUUCAAGUUUUUAACAGGAAAGCUCACCAAGGUUUUAGACGAAUCUCUUCAACAGUUUACUGAACUCCAACAAAUGAAACAGCAACUUCCAAACAUGGAGUUUGGCAGACGAUUGGCAGCUGAGAGGGACCUGGAGAAGUCGGAACAAUUCAACAGAUGCAAUAUCGGUCUAAAUUUGGCGAUUUGCUGGCUCAAAGUUUUUGAUGACAGUGGACAUUUUGUUUUGUAUGCCACAUUGUUGGGAAUCAAAAUCAUAAACCUUUACACCAAUCGCUGUGUCCGGACUUUAGGAAAACCUGAGAAUGCCCGGUUCCUUCACCUGAGUCUGUUCCAGGGGACGGGGAAGAAGCAGAAGGCGGCGGUGGAUGUUGAGAUGGUGGCGUCCGAUAACCCCCUCCUACAGAAUGUCCUGUUCGACCCAAUCCUGUUCUGUACAGCUUUUAAGAAGAACCGCUUUUACAUGUUCACACGCAGGGAGCCAGAAGACACAAAAAGUGCCGAUGCAGAGAGAGAUGUUUUCAAUGAGAAGCCCUCGAAGGAAGACAUCGUAGCAGCUACACAGGAUGCCUCUUACACACGAGUGUCCGAGUCUUCGGUAAUCCACACAACAAUGGGAGACAUCCACAUCAAACUUUUCGCCAAAGAGUGUCCCAAAACAGUGGAAAACUUCUGUGUUCACUCCAAGAAUGGCUACUACAACUCCCAUGUCUUCCACAGAGUCAUAAAAGGCUUCAUGAUACAAACUGGAGAUCCUUUAGGUAAUGGUACUGGCGGGGAAUCAAUAUGGGGCGGAGAAUUCGAAGACGAAUUUCACCCAAACUUGAGACACGACCGACCCUAUACACUGAGCAUGGCCAAUGCAGGACCCAACACAAACGGGUCGCAGUUCUUUGUCACAGUGGUGCCGACUCCUUGGUUGGACAAUAAACACACAGUAUUUGGUCGAAUUACAAAGGGAAUGGAAGUGUGCCAAGCCAUUAGUAAUGUCAAGGCCAACCCUAAAACCGACAAGCCGUAUGAUGAUGUGCGGAUUAUAAACAUCUCAUUAAAAUAAAAAUAUCUCUGAAAA